AUGCUAAACCUACGACGUCGAAAGGUCUCUGGCCUAGCCGGACCAGGUAUCGGGGCUACUGGCGUUCCCACAUCGACGCUGCCCAGUUCCAUCGCCUUCGCAACAGCCGUCAUUGCAGGCAACUACAGGCCACGAAUCUCUCUAGAACAUCUGGCCAGGGCCGAACGCGAGUGUGUCGGAGAGGGUCACUCCUUUCGCGUUGAAUUCACUCAGAUCGUGGAUUCCGAGACCAACGCGCAGGCACAACCCGUCGUCGUCAAGAUUCCGGCAAACUCCAUCGACCCAGGGCCUGCUAGUCGCUGGGAAGACGUGCGACUCGAGGUCCUCACGCUUCUUCACCCACCCAUUGCAGCCAGUUCCAAUAUUGUGGACCUGCUGGCGAUUGGCUGGGAGACUGGGCUGUCAGAGGAAGUACGCCCGGUUCUGGUGAUGCCCUAUGCUACCUGCGGCACACUUGACCAGUUCUUGCUGAGUUCAGAUGUAACGAACUCGUGGAAACACGGUAUUCUGAUUGACGUCGCCAGGGGUUUGGAAGUGCUGCAUGGCUGCGGAAUCGUCCAUGGCGAUCUGAAGAGUGAGAAUGUGCUGCUCUUCUGGAAGGGCGAGAGGCCGGUUGCCAAGUUGAGUGACUUUGGGUGCUCAAUUGUCAACCCAGGACGGCACACUCGCUUACUUGGUGCAUCACCACCCUGGAACUGUCCGGAGUGGGGUCGUGAUAUGUCUUCUGAGACUUUGCCGUUGACCGAUGUGUAUUGCCUCGGGCUUCUAAUAUGGCGCACCAUUCUUCCUGGCUCGGAUCCGUUUAGUCGCCUUUCCUCACUCGCCAAGGAAGAUGGUGGGCCAAGCAAUGCCCAGAUUCAGGCCCUCAAAGCAUGGCCAGACGAUCGAUUCGCUGCCGAGGCCAAAGAAAGCCUGUUUCUUGCAGUUGGUGUCACUGAGUUCGAGGCCGCUCUUCUCAACGCAGCGCUUGAUAGCAGUCUGCGCUACGAACCAAGUAGAAGAAAUUUGGAUGAUUGCCUAGGCUGCCUCAAGGGGCUGGUAGACUUUGAUGAAAGUGCUGAGGUCGAGCAAGAGAACAUGGAGCCCUACAUCUGUGACCCAGAGCCUUCCGUUGACCCAUUGUCCCUGAAUGAAUUGCCUUGGGCUGUGCAGCAAGACAUCUUUCAAUUCUAUUCUAAGAGCAUCUCAACACCACCGGGUACAGGGGAUGCUACAGCACACGUCGGCCACAUAUGGCUAUUUGUUUGUUAUUUGCAGGGUAUCGGCACUGAGGUCGAUGAGGCCAACGCCUGCAAGCAUGUCUUGGAGGCGGCGAAGCAUGGCAAUUACAUCGCGAAAUCCCUCGCUUACCGUGCAGUAGUGGCUUUCCUCGAUCCGUUGGAACAUCCCAGACCAAUACAGUGGCUUCUCCGAAGCGUCGAGAUGGGAUUUCUCGGUGCUAUGGAGGACUUUGCCCACUUUGCCCAUUCAACAGGUCAUGCCAACCCCGGCGCACUGUUAACCAAAGCUCUCUGUCGUCUUCGCAACUUCACUGCUGGUGUUGGGGCAGACCACUUCCUAGACCCUGUCGGGAAUCGGCUGAAUCCACUCUCUAUCGAGGAUGAAGACGAGUUUCACCAGCAGCUUUCAGCGCUCCUGAGAGAGGCUGGGUUCAAUGUGAACAAAUUCCAGGUCAAUUCGCGCGGCGACAGCCUUCUGCAUCAUGCUUCGGCAUGCGGCUUCGUGAGCGCAACGCGCUCUCUCAUCAGUCUCUUCAAAGGCCAGCUUGACAUCAACGUUGUGAACAAGCACGGUGAGACGGCGUUGCUCUCAGCAUCACGAGCUGGACAAUCUGAGACAGUCAAGAUGCUGCUUGGAAACGGUGCUGAUCUUCGUCCGAGCAACCUGGGAGAGUCGCCACUGCACUGGCUCGGAGCCUUCUACAUAGGCAUUGCCGAUAUCGCCCGGUUGAUGCUACAAUCUGUUGAACCAGGACAACGGGUGCUUUACCUACACCAAAAGGCUUCCGCUGUUUCCUACUCAACCUACUGGGGUGCCGAGUUCCCGGCCGGCACUCCACUGCAUCGCGCCGUGCACUUCAACCGACCUGGCGUUGCAGGGGCUCUCAUGGAUCUUGGCGCAGACCCCAAUGAGAUGGAUAUCAGAAAACCGCAACUCUCAGCCUUACAACUUGCUUGUGGCCGCCACCACGCAAGUGUUGUCGAAGAAAUGCUAACAAAGAUGAACGUGACCGACGUGAAUGAAGUCGCUGGCCCGCCGUUGUUGCACAUAGCCCUCUCCAGAUACAACAGACUACAGGGUCUGGUGGAGAACGGAGUUCACGCAAGGGAUGCACAAGCAAUGAGGGAUACCGUUGCAAUAUUAACGGCACGUCAUGCGAACCCUGGCUUAGUGGCGACGGCGGAGAGUACAACAGCAGGCAUCGAGGCCACCGCUUUGUACAGAGCCGUGCAGUCGGGCUCGAUAGAGACCGUCAGAGAAGCAUUGUCGAGCACCUUGCUCCAACCUACCUCCCUCCUGGAUACCCCUUGCGGAAACGAGUCCUUGAGACCUUUGGAUCUCGCUGUACAGAAUGGCUCCCUGGACAUUGUCGAAGCUCUUCUCAUUGCAGGAGCACAGCCCAAGCAAUCUCCCAACCACCAUCAGGCGCCGUCGUGCGUGUCUGUUUUGCAUGCCUGUUCUCUCAUUCACAACUCUGUUCCGCCAGCUCAUCAGAUGGGCAUUUUCAAUGCGCUGACUCCGCACUUUACGGAUGGCGUUGAUGUUGGGUGCGGAGGCAACCAAGUCGCCGCGGGUGGUGACGGCCAGGUCUUUGAGUCUCCAUUCUGUGUAGCCGUCCGCUACCAACAAUUCGGCCUUGCCCGCGCUCUACUUGGUCUUGGUGCUAAUGUUGACUUUGAGUUCGACACUCUGAUAGACGACAGGAGCAGUCAAGAUUCGGGCCAAGCAAUAUCUGCACGAAUCACGAUCCUUGGUGCCAUCCUGGCAUAUCUCACCCCAGCUGUUGUGUCCUCCACCCGCUUCCUCUUGGGGUAUGACGACUCGGGAAAGAAGAAGAACGGCUGGCCUUACAAGAAGCCAAGGCCAGUGAUCUGCAAUGCAUCCAACUGGACGGUGUGGCACGCUGUGGCAGCGAGGAGGACGAAAACCAUGACGUAUGCUGCUGACCUGAUGCGAGAAACGGUCAGCUACCUGAAGGAAUCAUACGGAGACCUAGGACCAAGUUUUGUCAACAUGCGCAGCAAGGAAACGGGCCCCGGAGACGUAGAAGGGAUGACGGCGCUCCACGUGGCCGCAGAGAACGCCAACAUCGAAGUCGUUGCAGCCCUGCUACAAAUGGGCGCCGAUAAAGACAUUGUAGACUCACAGGGGGCAAAGCCCAUCGACUACGCCAGGGACAUGGCGAGCAAGCAUAUAGAGAUAGAUGCCAGAUAUGAUGGAAUGGAGAAAUUCGCAAGGAGGGAGAUGGAGCGGCGAAAGCAGGUUUAUGUUAUGCUUGGCGGAGACGUGGGAAUCUUUGAGUACCCAUAG